AUGACUGAUACACAACCAAUUCAAAACCAAACAAAUCUCACUGUCCUACAAAGAAGAAAACUUCGUAUUUUAAAUAAUAACCAAGACAGACUUGGAUUAAUUACUGGUAAAAUCGACAAAAUUGAAGAAAAACCAAUCACUGAAGAAGACGUUAUUCAUCAACAAAAACAAAAUACUUCUAUUCAACAAAAUAUAAUUCAACAACAACCUUCUCAAACUGAAAAUAAACAAGAAAGCCCUAUUGCUCACAAAUUAAAGAAUAUUGGUAUUGCAUUUUUAAUCUUAUUUAUUGGAACAUUUAUUGCUCAUUUUGCUGGUUAUUCUUUAUUACCAUCAGAGUUUAUAGAAGGAUUCAUUUGUUGUUUGUUUAUGGUGGUUGCUGGAAUUUUGUUAUUAAUAAGAAAAUUGAUUCAAUUACUUCCUGCAUUAGCUUCACCAUCUUCUAUUCCAGAACAUAAAGAAUAA